GACUCCACCAACUUCCACUUCUGUGGAGGCUCCCUCAUCAACGAGAACUGGGUGGUGACAGCUGCUCACUGCGAUGUCAAGAUGACUCACAAGGUGGUCCUCGGAGAACACGACCGUUCCUCCAACGCUGAGCCCAUCCAGGUGAUGAAAGUCGGCGAGGUAUUCAAACACCCCAAGUACAACGGCUUCACCAUCAACAACGACAUCCUGCUCAUCAAGCUGGCCAGCCCCGCCCAGCUGAACACGCGUAUUUCCCCCGUGUGCGUGGCCGAGACCAGCGAUUACUACCCUGGAGGCAUGCUGUGUGUGACCUCCGGCUGGGGUCUGCUGAAAUACAACCAUGCAAACACCCCCGCCCGCCUGCAGCAGGCCACCCUGCCCCUCCUGACCAACGACGAUUGCCGCCGUUACUGGGGCAGCAAGAUCACCGACCUGAUGAUCUGCGCUGGUGCUUCCGGAGCCUCUUCCUGCAUGGGAGACUCUGGUGGUCCUCUGGUCUGUCAGAAGGAUGGAUCAUGGACCUUGGUGGGUAUUGUUUCCUGGGGCAGUGGAACCUGCAGCACCUCUUCACCAGGUGUGUACGCUCGUGUCACCAAGCUGCGUUCCUGGAUGGAUCAGAUCCUUGCUGCCAACUGAGCACACUCAGCAGAACACCUUCGCAUUCAACCUUAUGUUCAAUAAAACCCAGAAACUGAAA